AUGAAUCCACGAUUGCUAAGAAAAGCCAAAGUAGAUCCAGAAAGUGGCUUAAAAUAGGGAGCAUAUCAAACUUAGUUUAGGUAAAAUUAUAAUAAGGAAUUAGGCCAGAAUCAAGAAGUGUAUAAUUCAGUAAACACCGGUUUAUCAAUGACAUAAAACAUUAAAAUUAACUCUUUCAACUCAUAUGAAGACGGAUUGCAGACAUAGUAAAAACUACUUCAAUUGAAUGUUAGGAGAAGAGAAAAACAAGCAUGUGAUCUAAAUCGUAGCUACAAUUACCGUGUGUCACUGCAAGAUAGUAAAUAGGAGAAUGAAAGAUAAUCAAAUUUAUAAUUCUAGGGAUUUAAACUGAAAAAGCAAGUGCCUGAAGUCAAUGAUGAAUUUGCUAAAGACUCAUUACUUCGACAUAAAAUCAGAAAUACUAUUGCGUCUAGUUCAAAAUCUAAACGUUAAUUAAGUUUUCGCGGUAUUGACUAUAACGAAAGCAGGAUUAACAUUCUAUUUUUGACAAGCUCAAGAUUAAUUCUGGUAGUAUUGAGCCGAGUUCAGAAUAUCCUUUAAAGACUAGCCGUGAAACUAACAAAUUGUCGCACAACCUGCUAAGGAGGGGCCGGUUUUUGUAAAAAAUUAGGAGACUUUUAGCUAAAGUAACCAUAGCAGGACCAACUUCUCUACAGUAGCUUUGAUGGAUCCAAAGUAUACAUUUCUCUUGACAAAAUGUAAUCAAGAUCUAAAAAUGUGUUUGGAAUAAAGACUUAUCUUGAUAAUUCUCAUGAGGAAGAAAAGGCGUUUCUGAUGAGUUAAGUAAAAUAUGUGGAAAAUGAAAAUAAAUAAAAAAAUCAAGUGAUUUAGCCGGUACUUCAAGCUCAGCUCAUACCUAUUCAGUAUGAUAUCGGUGAUUUAAAGCACCAUGCACUCAAGAUUAGAGAUGGGAUUGGUCAUAAUAAUAAGUAUACAAUGCAAACCCAAACAAUUGAGCAAAAUUAAUGGACUUCACAAGCUGGAACCGCAUAUGAUUCAAUCAGUAACACUACAAGAAAAGCACUAGUGAAGUUAGUAACAGAGUAAAAUUUGAGUGUGAGAAAAGCCUCCAAGAUACUUAAAAUCAAGUAUACUACAGCAAAAGCACUUGUACAAAAGUACCGUAUCUCCGGGAACAUUGAUCGUCAAAGAGCAAGGCGAAUGACUUUCGAGGAUGACUAGAGAGAGAGAUUCAGAAAGGACUUGAUCAAGAAACUACCGAUUUAAGUAGAAGAAGAGAGUGAUGAUGAAAUGAAGUGGGCCGCAACCCAAAAUUAAGUUCAGGAGGUUGCUCACCUUACAGCCCAAUAAAGGUACUUAUCGGCUUAGCAACCAGUUCUUACUUAAACUAAUCAACUAUUCCAGUGGCCCUCAGGAUUUGUUUAGUAUCGCAAUUUAAAUCAAAUUUACCCAAACUUGUUCAAAGUUCAUCAAUAAUUAGAAUAAAAAGAUAGAUAGAUAUAAGGUUGCCCAGAGAUUAAUUUUGAAUUUGGAUUCUAUUCUUAAAGAAUUAUGGCAUCGUACGAGCGCAGAACGAUGGGCACUUAAUAAGAUAAUAAAAGGCAGAUUCAAACCAUUAUAAGACAGUGA